AAAUCUUUUAAAACAGAAAGGAGGGCAGCUCACAAUUUAGAAAGAAAUGCCCCGACCCACCCAAAUCUUACGCCACACUCGUAAAGCCCUUGAAGAUUCGCAGUUGCUUAAGGUCUUGCAAUCCGAAAUCAAACACGAACAAUCUUCUCCUCCUCUACAGGGGUAUUAUGAAAGUGGGUACUUGGGAGAUUUUGUUGUGGACUAUGAUUCAUCGAAGUCCCAAGAUGUUGUCUUGAGAAGAAAAUGUGAGUCAGGUGAGGAAGUUGCUGUGUCAGCUUUGGUUGGUCCUAAGUCGAUUGCGGAAGAUGGUAGUUUUCGAGGGGGCGUUUUGAUGAAAGUAUGCGUAAAAAAGCCUGGAUUGAACUCUAUGUUGCAGCUUGAUUGUGGCGUUACCGAGAAAUUGAUGGGCGGUUCUCAGUUUGACAUCCUCAGUGCGCAUUAUAUUAAAUCAGCAAACUCUCAUCGUAAAUCUGAGUAUAGAGGUCCCUUGUUCAGCACGUUGGAUCCUAAUUUACAAGACGCACUAAAAGAGUAUCUAGUAGCCAAGGGAAUCAGUGAAAGCCUUACAAAUUUCCUACUCUUACAUCUAAACCAAAAAGAGCAAGGUCAAUACCUGAAAUGGUUGCAGAAAUUAGAAUCGCUGCUAAAAUAGGCGACCAUGUCAACAACUAGCAGAGGUUUUAGUUCUUUUAUAGCUCUUAAAUUUUGCAGACUAAAUGAACCUAUCUUUGCAAAUUUUUGGUUGAGUUUCCUUUGUACCCAUUAAUUAGCAAGUUCAGGUGAUUUCAGCUGUGAGUCCAGAUUUUGCAAAUACUAUAUUCUGUUAAUUUAUAGCGGUAAUUACAAAUAAAUUCACCACUUUUAUGUCUA